CGAGAUUAAAGCGCAUCGCGCUCCCGUCGUCCGACGCGCAGACUCUUGGUUCAGAUGGUGUCUUUAGACGGGACCGACGAUCCGAUUGCAUUGCAGUGCGCCGUCACCACCCUUCCUCCGGAGCAGGCCACUGUCGAGUCCGGAGAGGAGCGCCGCGCAGACCCAGCUGGCUGCUGACGGCUAGCCGGCCAUCCAGACCUCCACAACCCGGGGACUGGCUUGCGGAGGGCGGCGCGGAGGACUCGCUGGACGCCCUUGGUCCCUCCGAUCUCUACAGAUGGAUAAAAUGCAACCCGACUGUGUUAAAAUCACAGAUCUCAAUCCCCAUCUCACUUGCCCACUGUGUGCUGGUUACUUCAUCGAUGCCACAACUAUUGUGGAGUGUCUACACUCAUUUUGUAAAACAUGCAUUGUUACCUUUCUGGAGACCAAUAAGUUCUGCCCUCGAUGCGACGUCCAGGUACACAAGACAUGCCCACAGCUAAGCAUAAGAGCGGACAAAACACUACAAGACAUCGUCUACAAACUGGUUCCUGGGUUAUUUAAAGAUGAGAUGAAACGGAGGCGGGACUUCUACGCAGAGAAUCGGGUUCUGGAGCCGGGCGAGGUGGUGGAGACGUUUAACAUAGCGGAGGACGAGAUCAUCAGCCUCUCCAUACAGUUCUACGAGAGGAACAAAAAUGUCGAAAGGCCGCGUUCAGAAACAGAAGGGGACAAGACCAACGGCAAGCGUUUUCUACAAUGCCCAGCAGCGAUGUCGGUCAUGCACUUAGCGAAGUUCCUCCGGAGCAAGAUGGACAUUCCAAGCAGUUAUCGGGUGGAGGUGUUGUAUGGGGAUGAGCCUUUGAAGGAUUAUUACACGCUAAUGGACAUCGCCUACUUCUAUGAGUGGAGACGAACCGGCCCCAUCCCCCUGCAGUACCUGGUCAAACCCACCAGGAAGCGUCGGCGGGCGUCCCAGUCGGCAGCGCAGGGCCACUCCGACGGCGUCAACACCAGCCCCACCUCGGAGAGUGACUCCCAGAGCGACAAGGUCCACAGUCCCGCCGCCGCCGCCGCCGCCGCCGCCGCCGCCGCGCCCUCCAGAGCCUCCUCGGCCCCCAGCCCGGCGGGCUCCCACACCCCGUCGCCCCCCGCCGCCGCCGCCGCCGCCCCCAGCCCCAACGGCACCACGGCGACCGGCAACAAUGGCCAGCAGCGCCACUCCCUCGCCUCCAAGCCCGGCGGCCACUCCCGCAAAGUGACAGUGAACGGCACCGCGGCGGCGCAGGGGGAGGCGAGGGGCGGGGACAAAAGCAGCUUGCCGCCUCCCACCUAAAGGCACGCGCGCGCACGCGGGGGCGUGUCUGUGCGUGUGUGUGUUUGUAUACAGUAGCGGAGGAGGACGGCGGCCGACCGGUGAGUCGUCGGCGUUCGCACCGCGGCAGAACGCCGCUUCCCUAAGACUUGUUAAAAAGGACUGUCCCGCCUCUAAGAAGACUGAACAAUGCAGCCAAAUAGACUCUUGUGUAUGUGUGCGUGUGGUUAUGUGUGUUAGGGUAGGACAAUGCACACAUACAAACUGUACAGUAUGUAUAGAAUGUAAGCAUGUGUGUAUACAUAUGUAUAAACUAUCUUUUAUACAACAUAAUUGUUUUGUAUUGUAUAUGAUGUAGGUCUGUUUUCCCGAACGGUUCAUCAGUGUUCAUCAGAUUUGGCGACGAUGUGAAGAACAGAUGCUUCGUUGGCAUUGCGGCACAAGUCCCCCGUCAAAUAUCGCAUUUUGAAGUUCCUGUUACUACUGUAUAAAAAAAAAAGUGGCAUAACAACCACUCAAUUGGUACUGUAAACCCCACGACUGACGAAGAACGCAUUGCAUUACAAAAUGUGCUCGGUCAAUCACAAAAUCUGUCCAUGUUACCCGAGUGCCGCCGUGUUGGAAAAAACAUUAUCUUGUACUCCAAGCACUACCAUGAUACUUGCCGAAGUCAUUGUUCAAAUGUUCUGGGAGAAAAAAUUGAAGCGACUGAAAUAUUAAACUCUGUGGUAUUUUCCAUCCAUGCCCAUUCAUUGUUUUCUUUGAACCCACCUGUUUUUUCCAGACGUGUGCAUGUUUUAGGUCAAUAAAAUGUUUACUUACCCUGUU